AUGGCUGACAACAACAAAAUCUUCGUAUCUACUAGUGGAUGGGUAUCCCAGGCCAUGGCCGCCAAGCUCCAAAAAGUGUGCGAGGAGAUUGGAGCGAGUGUCAAGUGUAAUAGUCAAAUCAUGAUGAUCGUGUUUCCUGCUGACGAUGUUCAAGGUGUGGCUGCUUCCCUCGAAACACUCGCUGUUGGCGACGAAGCCGGAGACGAAGCCGGAGACAGUGACAGUAGUGGAUCUACUACCACGCUUGGAGACUACAACCGCUUCGACGAUACCCUCGACUCUUUGGACUCUGUUGAAUCUUUGAAAUCGACCGUGCCGGAGCUCUCAUUCAAAGUCAAGACUAAGCCACCUGCGGAUGACUUUUCGGACGACGACUUUGUUGAGUCUCAGGAUGUGUACUUCUAG